AUCACUUUCUCAAGAAAUCUGCUGUCAUUCUUUAGAUCUCCCUGGGAAGACAACAGAACAAAAACCCACAACAAAACCAUCUGUGAGUGCAUCUCCAGAGUUAAUAAAGCAUCUCACAAAGCACACUGAGGUGGUGAUGAGCUCUGAGAAAUAGUCCAGGUGAGACCUAAGGAACAUCUCUUUCUCCAGAUGGAACAGCCUAACUUUGUUCCUGCGGCACAUCUUACAGCCCCUCUUGCCUGUGCUCCUGAGCUCUGCCCCUCCAGCUGGAGCCACAGGUUUAUCUGGAGGCAAGGAGUUUCUCCUUUGUAAGCUGAGACCCAGGAGGAGGGAUCUGCUGGACCCUGGAGGGGAAAGUGUUUAGCUGCCCAGGAGGAACGAAGAGAGGCAGAGCCUGGGCACCAUGGCUGGAUUCUCCACUCUUGGGCUUCUCUUCCUGGGUCAGCUCUUAGCCACAGCAUCUGCUCAGUCCUCUCAGAGAGUAGGACCACAAGGCCCUCCUGGACCACAAGGACCCCCAGGACCAUCUGGCAAGGACGGAAUCGAUGGAGAGCCAGGCCCUCCUGGUUUACCAGGCCCAGCAGGCCCAAAAGGUGCACCAGGGAAGCCUGGAGCAGCUGGUGAAGCUGGAUUGCCUGGCCUUCCUGGGGUGGAUGGUUUAACUGGAACUGAUGGCCCACCUGGCCCAAAUGGGCCUCCAGGAGACCGUGGUGCAUUAGGACCUGCUGGGCCACGUGGAUCUGCUGGCAAAGGACUGCCAGGACCUCCGGGGCCUCCAGGACCCAGUGGGCUCCCAGGUGGAAAUGGAUUUCGGGGUCCUCCUGGACCUUUUGGUCUGCCAGGAUUCCCAGGGCCUCCUGGACCACCUGGACCUCCUGGACUGCCAGGCAGCCUUCACGAUGGUGCUGGAGACCUUCAGUGCCCAGCCCUGUGCCCACCAGGUCCUCCAGGUCCUCCAGGAAUGCCAGGGUUCAAGGGACACACUGGUCACAAAGGAGAGCCUGGUGAAAUAGGAAAAGAUGGAGAGAAGGGUAACCCUGGGCCUCCUGGGCCUCCAGGCAUUCCUGGCAGCGUUGGCCUGCAGGGCCCCAGAGGACUAAGAGGCCUCCCUGGCCCAAUGGGUCCAGCUGGUGACAGAGGUGACAUUGGCUUCAGAGGACCACCUGGAAUCCCAGGACCUCCAGGGAAAGCUGGAAUCCAAGGAAACAAAGGACCUCGAGGGUUCAGGGGGCCCAAAGGUGAUACAGGCAAACCUGGACCAAAAGGAAACCCAGGGGCUCGUGGACUCAUAGGAGAACCUGGCAUGCCUGGCAAGGAUGGACAGGAUGGAGCUCCAGGACUCGAUGGUGAGAAGGGAGAUGCUGCUCGCAUGGGUGCUCCUGGAGAGAAAGGACCAAACGGACUGCCUGGACUGCCUGGAAGAGCAGGUAGUAAAGGCUCAAAGGGUGAACCAGGCAGUCCUGGAGAGAUGGGAGAAGCAGGUCCCUCUGGAGAGCCAGGCAUGCCUGGUGAUGUUGGUGUUCCUGGUGAGAGAGGGCUGCCAGGACCCAGAGGAGCAACUGGACCACUUGGUCUUCAAGGCCCCAUUGGAGCCCCUGGUGUCAGAGGUUUCCAGGGUCCCAAAGGUGCCAGUGGUGAGCCUGGCCUUCCUGGGCCAACUGGAAUUCGUGGAGAGCUGGGUGACAGGGGUCCUGCUGGUGUUCCUGGUCCCAAAGGUAACCAGGGCAUUGCUGGAGCAGAUGGCCUCCCAGGUGACAAAGGAGAACUGGGUCCCUUUGGUCCCCCUGGCCAAAAAGGAGAGCCAGGAAAAAGAGGAGAACUUGGCCCCAAAGGUGCCCAAGGACCUAAUGGGACAACUGGAGUACCAGGGAUCCCAGGACAUCCAGGGCCCAUGGGCCAUCAAGGGGAGCAAGGUGUUCCUGGCAUCACAGGGAAACCUGGACCUCCUGGCAAAGAGGCCAGUGAACAACAUAUAAGAGAGCUCUGUGGGGAGCUGAUCAAUGAGCAAAUUGCACAGCUGGCUGCUAACCUGAGGAAGCCUCUGGCUCCGGGAAUGACGGGUCGGCCCGGCCCUGCUGGGCCCCCAGGGCCUCCUGGAGCUAUAGGAAGCGUUGGGCAUCCUGGUCCUCGUGGUCCUCCUGGAUACAGAGGGCCAACAGGAGAACUGGGUGAUCCUGGUCCCAGAGGUGACAUUGGGGAAAAGGGAGAUAAAGGACCUGUUGGACUAGGUAUUGAUGGGCCUGAUGGUGAUCAAGGGCUUCAAGGACCCCCAGGUGUACCUGGAAUUACUAAGAACGGCCGCGACGGUGCUCAGGGGGAACCUGGCCUUCCAGGGGAUCCUGGCACUCCUGGUGCUGUUGGGGCUCAGGGAACUCCAGGAAUAUGCGACACGUCGGCCUGCAUGGGAGCUGUUGGAGCAGCAACUUCCAAAAAGUCAUAAAGCAAGAGUAGAAGGAGUGGAGAAGUGACUGAGUAUUUAAAUAAAGAGUGCUUUGUAAGAAAACAGACAGAAUCCUCCUAGUGAUAAGUGGACAGGUGUUCCUUCUGGCCUAUUAAGUGGAGACAUUGACACAGUUCUAUGAAAAAGAAAGGAUCAGAUGAAAACUUUUAAUGACAGAUGCUUUAUUUUCUCCUCCCCCAGUUAUUUUCACUGCUAAACAAACCUCACCUUCCCUCCCUCCCUUUGGCCAAAAGACCUGCAAGAGGAAGCCCUGUUCCUUUCUACCCUCACCCCCUGCAACCAUAUACUUGUCUGGAUAAACCUUUGAGCCUUGUCAGUUGAACUCCUCAGUGCUGCUCGGACUGACCUCGGUCACACAGGUCUGUGCACUAAGAUGGGAGCUGUUAAGGUAGUUGAGCACCCAACUGCAGCUUCCAUCAGUGAAAAGUAGGCAUUGCACCAUCCCUUGUUUUAAUAUCUUAAGACUGUGGCCAGAGCACAGCCCACAGCAGAGGUAUAUGCUGCCAGCUCCCAGUUUUCAGAUUGCACCUCAACUGUUUGCCAAGACUAGGAACCAGUAACCCUCUUGCAAUCCAGCUCUGCAAAAGUGUAAUGUAUAUAUUUUAAUUUACAGGGGCAAUUUGUGUCUAUUUCUACAGAAUAAGAAAGGAAAUUAAGUGACAGCAUUUCCACCACCUCUACUUAAGCUAUUUGCACGGUAAUUGUAAACAAAACCCCCAAUCAAAAAGGAUGCUCAAUUCCUGCCAAAGCCACCUCUGUCUGUAAACUGUUGUAAAAAUAAAAGGAGAUUUUUUUAAA